AUGUCGAAGAGAAUAAUGUGUGAAGUAUUCUGUACUGCUGAAGAUAUGGGACUUCAAAUAUUUUACCAGGACUGUGAUAGCAUGCAUAUUUUCAAUGAAGACAUACCAAAGCUUGCAGCAGAGUUUAAGAAGAGAUACGGUCGCGAACUUAUAGGAAAGAACCUUGGUCAAUUUCAUUCUGACUUCGCAGAAAUAACACCUGGAAAACAAAGUUUAGCAUACAAGUCAAUAUUUUGUGGAAAGAAGACUUACAUAGACUUACUCACGAAUGAUUUAAAUGAAGUUGCAUUCCAUGCACGUUGCAAAGGUGUCAAACAAGACGUCCUUGCUUUAACAGCAAAUGAAAUGUUUCCUGAAUCUAUACAAUGCUAUUACAAUGAAGAUAAGAACAUUCACAUACCUGUUGGAACAUAUGACAAAGACUCUGAGUUCAGUUUAAUGAAACUUUACAAAGCACUUCAUGAUGGUCAAGAGAUUGGAUUUGACUUAUGUAAGUCUUCUAGUCCUUGCUUUGCUGAAAAGUUUAACUUCUCAAUAACGACUAAAACAAGCUUUAUUCGUAAGUUGAAGUUCUGA